UCAAAAUUCGACAACCCCAAAACCCCUAAAUAAAACAAAAACAAAUCCCUAACCUCUCAUAUUAUAUAACCAUAUACCAUCCAUUCUCUCCGCACCGCCUACUCUCAAAUCUCAUUCUCUCUCUCUCUCUUAAUGGCUGACACCGGAGUUGUCACCGUGUAUGGCAAUGGCGCUUUAUACGAGACCAGCACAAAGAAAUCCCCAUUCUCAGUGAAGGUGGGUCUGGCCCAGAUGCUCCGCGGCGGCGUCAUUAUGGACGUGGUGAACGCCGAGCAAGCCCGGAUCGCUGAGGAGGCUGGCGCGUGCGCCGUAAUGGCGCUUGAGCGCGUGCCGGCUGACAUCAGAGCCCAAGGUGGUGUGGCUCGCAUGAGCGACCCUCAGCUCAUCAAGGAGAUCAAACAAGCUGUGACUAUUCCAGUCAUGGCUAAAGCUCGCAUCGGCCACUUUGUGGAGGCCCAAAUCCUUGAAGCCAUUGGAAUCGACUACGUCGACGAGUCCGAGGUUCUAACCGUGGCGGACGAGGACAACCACAUCAACAAGCAUAACUUUCGUAUCCCUUUUGUUUGUGGCUGCCGAAACCUCGGCGAAGCCUUACGUAGGAUUCGCGAAGGCGCGGCGAUGAUUCGGACCAAAGGCGAAGCCGGAACCGGGAAUAUCAUCGAGGCCGUGAGGCACGUGCGCUCCGUUAUGGGAGAUAUCAGGGUGUUGAGGAACAUGGAUGAUGAUGAGGUGUUCUCCUUCUCAAAAAAGAUCGCUGCUCCUUAUGAUUUGGUGAUGCAGACCAAGCAGCUCGGGAGGCUUCCGGUGGUUCAUUUCGCCGCCGGUGGGGUGGCGACGCCGGCUGACGCGGCGCUCAUGAUGCAGCUCGGUUGUGAUGGGGUGUUUGUUGGCUCUGGGGUUUUCAAGAGCGGUGACCCGGCUCGGAGGGCUCGGGCGAUUGUGCAGGCUGUGACCCAUUACAGUGACCCGGAUGUGCUUGCUGAUGUGAGCUGUGGGUUGGGUGAGGCCAUGGUGGGGAUUAAUCUUAAUGAUGAUAAGGUUGAGAGGUACGCCAACAGGUCCGAGUGAAAAUUGACAAAAUGAAAUAAUGGCUUCUCUGGUUCUGGUGGGCAUAUUGUAAUUUUCAUUUAAGAAAAAAAAAAAAAAAAUCAAACAGAAAAAAAAAAAAGGAAGAAUUAUGCUGGAUUUUUAUUAGUUUUGCUGUGUUUUUGGAUUGGAAGACGGUUAGGGGCUUUUAUGGAUUAGAAAUUGUGGGUCUUCCUUUUCGUUCUUUGUUAUUAGAUAGCAGUUUUACUUUUAUUAUGUGAUUCUGGAAAUUUGUUGUAUUUGGAUUCUGGAAUAUGAAGUUGUCCUUGGUAGCUGAUUUGGAAGAAUAUAUUUAUUUCGUCUU